GCUCCAAUCCCAACAUUUGGAAGAAAGCUGUGGGAGAACACUAUUAGGCUUGUAAGAAAAACCUUUGUCUUGUUUCAUUAUGAUGAAACCGCGCUGCCCCCUAUCACUCGGUCGUAUUCCUGUCCAUACAGUGCUAAUAGAGAGUAUUUGUAAGUAACUCUUCUACCUCUUAGGGAAGUUCUUUUUUUUAAAACAAGUAAUUCUUCUUACUCUAGUGGGGUGUAUUUUUUAUAUAUUUUAAUCAUACAUCUCUUAAGAUUUUAUCACAAAAAAGAAAUUAAUUAGUGAUAUAAAAUGUCAAUUUUUUAAUUUUUAGUAUCUUAUCUUUAAAGAGAAAUAUGAUGUGUCUUCAGUUUGAAUGUAAAUAAUGGAUGUUUUAUUAUUUUGUUUAAGUUUUUUUUAGGAAUACCCUGUUUCACUUGGUCAAAUUGAAUACUUGGGUGUAAAAUUCCUUGCAAAUGGAAUUAUUUACAAAUAGAAUUACAUACACAAUAUUAAUAAAUGUAAAAUAUGUUGAUUCCACAUUGGAAAUGUAACUAUUUUCACCCUUUUCAUCCAGGUUUAACAUCCCAGAAAAUAAAGAUGAUUUUUUUAACAACACUAUUCGAAGUUGGAUUGUUGACUACAUUUUAAGGAGGAAACCUUUUGCUGUCAGUACUGACAACAGUUUUGCCUUUGGUGAGGUGGAUUCUUUACUUAAACAAACCAACAUUUUUUUAACAUUAUAUUUGUCUAAACUUUAAGAUCACCAAGUUUUGUGCCAUUGUUCAGAUAUAGCCUCUCCUAAAACAGUUUAUCAUAGAAACUGAUAACUGAUAUCCCCCCCAACCCUGCCUUUUUUAAAUUGAAAACAUCACAUAUGAUAUAGGACAGCAUGGCUUAUAAUAUAUGCAAGUGCAUUUCAAUUUGUUAUGCAAACUAAAUGUAAAUGAAACACUUGUUUGACUGAUUAAUAACCCUGCCUUUUUUAAAUUGAAAACAUCACAUAUGAUAUAGGACAGCAUGGCUUAUAAUAUAUGCAAGUGCAUUUCAAUUUGUUAUGCAAACUAAAUGUAAAUGAAACACUUGUUUGACUGAUUAAUAUUUAAUGAAGCUUCUCACUUGGAAUAUUCUGAGGAAAAUUAAUGUAUUCUGUUUACUGCCACUUUGUCAUUUGUAAUUUAAUACUGAAAUGUUUCUGUUCCAGGCGUCAAGAAGAUGUUAUCAGAUGGCUACUACUCGGCUGCCUAUCCACUUCAUGAGGUAGAUUUUUAAAAAUUGGUUUAUAAUGACUAAUUUAAAAUGAUAUCAAAUGUAACAAUUUAUUUUAACCCCUUAUGACAACCUCUACAUUUUCUAUAUCUCCAUUUUAAUAUUAUUAUUUAGUCUAAUGUUGAUGAAUAUAAGAAUUAACAGUAUGAUCAUAUUGUAACUAUAUUAAAAAAAAAACUCAUAUGAUGACCAGGGCCAUUGGAAGGCAGGAUCUGCUGAAAAUCCACGCAAGGUUUUGUUUGAUCACUGGGCCAACUGGAAAAACAGUUUGAAGUUUCAACCUGUUGAUUAUGUCCGGUAAGCAAUGAAGUUUGUAUGUAUAUAAACUGGAAUUUUAUGGGGAAGAUGAAUAUUUUAAUAACCACCUGACAUAUGAAAGUGAACUAAAUGCUUCAUAUUAUGUGAUAUUUCUUAUAAGGUGAUAUAAAUUCCAUCUGUUUCCCUUGAGAUCAAAAGGAAAAUCUUAGAGAAAAGAUAUUUUUGUAACAACUCUUCUUAUGAAAGUGAACUCAAUUCUGUAUGUUAUGCUAUAUAUUUCUCAUAAUGUGAUGUAAAUUCCAUCUCUGAUUCCACUGAGAUUAAAAGGAAAGGCUAAAAUAAUUAUUGAUUUUUUAGAUUUCUUUGUCAUUUUCUGUGGUAAGUGUUUAUGUAUGCAUUGGAUUUAACUUACCAGUAUUUCCUAAUGUAUGUGGAGAGUAAGCAUGCAAAGGGUUAAUGAUUGUUAUUGUGAGAGUUGUGCAUGUGCAUGCAUUGCUCACUAGUUAAUUUCAUUCUGUAUCCCUAAAGGUUGUACUUUGGUGAGAAGAUAGCCCUGUAUUUUGCAUGGUUGGGCUUCUACACUACUAUGUUGGUACCUGCCACUGUGGUUGGACUUGCUGUAUUCAUUUAUGGACUUGCUAUCAUGACCACCAACAUUGCCAGGUGAGUCUUACUUUACUGACAACACAUGCUCACCAUAGGUAGGCGCUUAUAAUUUUUUGGUCAAAAAUGUUCUUUCUUAAAAAUAACCACUAUAUUGCUCUCCCUGCAAUAGGAUUCUGCGUACACAUCAGCUGCCUUUUAUGGUUUAUAAUAGGCCCACAUUUCAUGUACAAUCAUGAGUCAGGGUUAAUGUUGGAGGAAUUUUCCAGUUUUUUUUUUCAUAUAAUUAAGUAACAGUCUAAAAUUAUUGACAUGGAAAAUUCACAAACAAAAAAUAUCUCUAUCAUUAAAAUGGGGAAGAAAUUAAUUGUGUAAAAAUAUUAAAAAAUCAAUGUUGUUGCUAGCAUUAAAAUGUUAAAACAGAUUUUUAAGAAUAAGAUUUAAAUAUUUUUUGCUGACUGUGAUUCAUGAUAACUUUCACUCAGCUGUUCAGAUAAGAAAAUUUCCAGUUAACUAUUUACUACCUUUUUCAGUAAAGAGCUCUGUGAUGACCAUAAUAACUUUACCAUGUGCCCCUUGUGUGAUGCCCGCUGCCCAUACUGGAAACUCAGUGACGCAUGUUCUCAUGCCAAAGCCAGCAGAAUUUUUGACAAUGGAGCCACUGUCUUCUUUGCUAUAUUCAUGUCACUUUGGGGUAAUUGGACUAACCCACACAUAUAAGAGAAUUGUUAAAAGUUAAACAAAUAUUAAUAAUUGUAUCAUAUGUUUAUUUCCUAGUAUUAUUCUUUACAAGUUAUUAUUCUAUUAAUUAUUUAGCAAAGCCCAGGAUAAGUUGAAAGCAAAUGCAUUUGAAAAUUAUAGAAAAUUAACAAAUAACACAAAACCUAAAUAUUAAUAAAAUAUCUUUUUCAUUUAAAAAAACAAAAAAAACUGAAUUUUUAAUACAACAGUUUGCUCAUUAAUUUCUUUUCCUUUGUGUAUCAAGGUACACUUUUCCUGGAGUUUUGGAAGAGAAAAGAGGCAACAAUUCAGUACAAGUGGGAUAUGACAACAUUUGUUCAAGAGGAGGUAAUAUUAUUGAUCUUUAUAAGAUUAUCUUGCCUCGUGGUAAUGUAGGAUUUAUUUGUCCUUAAAAUCGAUUGGAUAAGUUAAUGAAACUUAAGCCCAACGGAAAACAUUGAGAAAUUUAAAUUUCUUAUCAAACAUGCUGAAUUGGACUAAUUGGAAUUAUGUUGCAAAUGUUACAAGAAGCUGAUUAGUAAGGAGUUGAGUUUAAACCUGGCAUUUUACAUUCUUUUUUUUAUUGAAUUCUCCUCAAACAUGUACAGAUCUUCUGUCCUAGUUUUAAACAGUUGCUAGAAGUAUGUAUUCAACAUCAGCUACUUCUUUUUAUCACAUCAGUUUAAUGGUUAUUUAAUUUACAUCUCCAGGAACCUCCCAGGCCUGAGUACUUGUCUAAAUUGGAAAACUGGCAGACCAUGAAAGUUGAUCCUGUAACAGGGGUGAGGAAAAUCAUUGUUUAAAUUUGACAUAAAUAACCAUGUGUCCAAACACUAUUUGAUACACAAAUCACACAAAAAAUUAUUAUUUCAUAGUUGCAUAACAAAAAUGUGCUCUCACUUUGAGAUCUGAUCAUCUGCAAGGCUGCUUCCUUUUAAAUCAUAAUUAGUUUAUCAGUCGAUUUAUUGUCCAAUAUCAACUAAUAAUUUUAAGUCUCUAUUCUAAAGUGAUCUUUUUUUAAUAAGUGGGAUGCUUUAAAUCUCUUGUGACAAUGGAUGUGGGUGAGUUUUAAUUAAUUCAAAUGUCUGCCAUAACUAGAGAAACUAUUUUCUGCUGACCAGAUCAAAGAGCCCCAUUUACCAUUCUGGCGCAGACGUUUUCCAAUCUUUCUGACAUCAUACUCCAUCAUGUUAUUUUUGGUAAGGUCAAUGUCAGCUUUAUUUUAAUCAUGUGUAUUGUUUUACUAUCUGUGCAGCAUAGCUGCUUUUUCAUAAUGCAAUAUCACUCCCUUAUACUUAUAGUUCUUCCAUAUGUCCAAAAAAAAAGUAUGAGAAACUGUGACUUCAAUGUUCAAAUUUUACUCAGCUAACAUAUUUGUCAGAAGUUAUACAGCAUCUAAAAUAUGUUAUUUUGUUAUAAUUGAUAAUUUAGGACACUAUUAUUUACUCCCUGAGGUGGAAGUAUUUCGUUAAAUUUUUCUGUAAGUUCUGAGGGAAACUAGGAAAAAGUAUUCAGAUAACAAUAGGAUUGUCAGAAUAUUAACACUAUGCAACGAAUAACCUGCAACAAAAAUGCACCUGUUAGAACUCCAUAUUUUCCGCAGGCCGCUGUAGCUGUGACAGCUGUCAUUGGGGUUAUUGCUUACAGAGUUUCCAUGCUAGCAGCUCUGCAACUGUUGCCCAAGCAGGUGACCAGCAACUCAUCUGUGGUCACCACCACUGCAGGUUUGAUUUAUGAAAAUGCCAGUCUGGUGACCACUGUUACUGCAGCGCUGAUCAAUUUGGCCAUCAUCAUCGUCCUUAAUCUGGUGUGUGCUCAUGGGGCUAGUUUGUAGAAGAAUUUAAAAUUGGUUACUUACUUUAGGUAAAUCACCAAAGUACAAUGACAAUGGGAGUGGGAGAAAAAACUAUAAAAUAAAGAUGGCUAAAAUAUUUAAAAUGGAGAUUGCUGUAAUAAGCUGUUCAGCUAUAUCAUUUUAAAAUCACCUGAUUACUAAAUACAAUGUCAGUUGAGCCAAUUCUCUGAUAAUUUUUUUAGGUGUACGGCUACCUCGCCUUCUGGCUGACCGACUGGGAAUGUCUGCGUACACAGAGUGAAUAUGACAGCAGCAUCACAAUCAAGCUCUUUGCCCUGCAAUUUGUUAACUACUUCUGCUCUAUCUUCUACAUCGCUUUCUUCAAAGGCCAGUAAGUACAAAGAAACAAAGUCAUAAAAAUACAGAAGAGGUCAUGCGCAAUUUUAUUUAUGAUUUCAUACUUCCCCUUGAUGAAUGGGGCUUGUGACUUCAUCAGUUUUCUGCAUAUAACCCAAGAGUCUUGGGUUGGGGCAUUGGUGAGUGCAUGCGUUAUGACUGUCAUUGUUAGAUAUCAGCCAGCUGUGUUAGGGUUGUGUGUAGAGGAGUUGCGUGUCACCAAAGUAAAACAGUUGAUGAAAUGUAUGUUUUAAUUAGUGAAUGAAGAUGACUUCAGAGAUCUAGUUUCACAGGCUCUAGAACCUGUUUUAACUUCAACUACAUAACUGAUGUCACAAAAAUGUCUGUUCUUAUAUUUCAAAUAUUUUGGGUUUUUUCAUGAGCUUUCAUUUACUGUCAAACAGAUUUGUUGGUAGACCUGGCAAGUACAGGACAAUAUUUGGUGGACGUCAAGAAGAGGUAAGUUAAUGAUUCUCUUUUGAGUCUGUACAAAGGUUGUUCUAGUUGUGUGACAUUCUCUCAAAUGUUUCACAGCUGUGAUUUGUAUUUGGUUUGUCUGUUGAAAAAAAAAAGGAUAAACUUUGCGGAGUUAUUACAUCAAAGCAUUCUUGGUGAAUAUAAACUUUUAAAUUAAUUACAUUUUAAAAAGUGAUGCUGUUUUAAUUUAUACCAAUAUUUACCUUUACCAAUGUAAAAUACAUCUUAAAUUAUUUAAUUUUCUUCAAAACUUUCGUAGCAUGUUUAUGUCCACGCAACUCUAGAAACCAAGUAUUAAAAGACACUAUGUAUUAUUAUAAAUAGUGAGAAUAUUAUCCUUGAUUUCAGUGUGAGGCAGGAGGUUGCCUUAUUGAGCUGUGCAUCCAACUGGCCAUUAUAAUGGUUGGCAAACAGCUUAUACAGAAUAAUUUUAUAGAAAUUGUUGUACCGUGAGUAACAUUUUAAUUUUUGUACCGUCAAUAAAAUUUUAAUUUUUGUACCGUGGGUAACAUUUGAAUUUUGAUACCUUGAGUAAAAUUUGAAUUUUUGUACCGUGAGUAACAUUUGAAAUCUAUGCAGCAAACUAUCAAGUAGCAAAUUGCUGCACCUUCUUAUCAUUUCUUUUUUUAUAAAUUAGAGAAAAUGUACUUUAUAUAAAAGGCUUGUCAUCCUUAGAUAAUCCAUGUAAAUGGCUUGCAAACACAUAAAAACAUUAUUUUAGCUUGGUUUACUUUAGUAAAAAAUUGGUUAAUUUUUUUGAAUUGCAGAAAGCUCCUUAAUUUGAUCAAGCGUAAAUUAUCUAAAGAGACCAGAGAACAAAAGUUGGCAAAAACACCUUGGGAGAAGGAUUACUUAUUGGCACCUGCUGAGUCCAUGUCUCUCUUCUACGAAUAUCUAGAGAUGGGUAGGUAGAUUGCUGUAUUAUUUCACAUCUCACUGAAGUAUUGGCAGAUCCUGUUUUGGGGUUUGCUGGUGGCAUUUAAUACUCCACCCCGUUGUCAGUGGAAUAGAGCUUCAAUGAGACACCCAAAAUAAAUAUAUAACUUGCAAUACAAUUUCAGAUGUAUAUUUUUUAAUGCAUUGUUUUAAAAAUAAAUUUGAAAAUAUUAGUUUUUAGGCCAAAGCUUUGAGUAAUUUCUUUUUGAUUCAGAUCAACACGUAAUUUUAGUCUGUUUUGUUUCCUUAGCUUUAAAACCCAGCUGAUCUGAAUCUUCCUUGGAAUUAAAGUAUAUUUGUUUUAACUAGAAGUCUGCUUUGUUGUUUGCCCCAGCCUUACAGUUUGGAUUUCUUACCAUCUUCUGUGCUGCCUUCCCCCUGGCUCCAUUGUUUGCCCUGAUCAACAACAUUGUGGAGAUCCGAGUGGAUGCCAGCAAGUUCACUACUCAUCUCAGAAGACCAUUGGCUGAAAAGACAGCAAACAUUGGUCAGUAAAUAAGCACCCUCAGAUUUUUGUUUAUUCCAGACCUGGUCCUUACGAAUAUAAAGUCAAUGAUAUAUAUAUAUUUUAAAAUUAUGUUGUUUUUUUUUAGCUUCUUCCAAAGUAAUAAAAAAAUUUAAUUUGGGGGCUACAAUAAAAAAUGUUCAAAUGUAGCCUCCUGGCAGCAUGCUGCUAAAUUCAUCCCAGCUACUGCACUGUACCCCACCAGCUAAUCUACUGCCCUGAGAGGGCAAGUUGGGGCUAUCGAUAAGAAGCAUCAAGCUUUAUUGGUUGACUUUGGCCUCAUAACACCCCCCCCCCCUUCUUUCCACAAAUAUGUAACACAAAUUAAACACUUAGACCCCACACACACACACACACUAAUAAGGUUGUUCAAGGAUGGCCCCUUACUGCCAAACACUGCUUUGGUGCUAGAGGUGAAUCUCUAUUUCAGCUGGCAUGGAGGUCAGAUGGAAUGAGUUACAGCUCAAAAUUUAACAUACUGCAUCAAAAAGCUUAAAGUUUGUCUUUCUUUUCAGGUAUUUGGUACAGUGUACUAUAUGGAAUCUCAAGAAUUGCCAUUAUAUCUAAUGUAAGUUGUGUUGGUUGCAAGUUGUGACUUAAAUAUUUGUCUACUACAACUCUGUUUUAUUAUGCACAUUUAUCGUUUUGAGUAAAAUAGAAUGAACUUCUUCAUUUUAAAAAUAGGCCUGUAUAUUUUUGUUGAAAAACAAUUUGAUCAAGAAUAUACCCCCACUGACCUGUGGGUCAUUUUCUUAACCUAAAUUCUUUAAUUCAUUUCUUCUUGAUCUGUCCUAUGAUUAGUCUUUUUUCAUUUUAUAAAAAGUGUUGGACUGCAAUAAAGCUUUAAAAUAGAUUAAAAAGACACCAACAAAUUGUGUCAAUUUAACAAUAUAAGUUACGCUUUAAUAAUAAUUAUACAUUAUACACAAGUAAACGUUUCGGCACAUGCCUUCAUCAGUACAAACACAUUUAAAUAAAUAUAAAUUAAAUUUACAUAAUAUAAAUAUACAUAUCCUACCUAAAAAAGAAAAAAAUAGGAGAUGGCACUAAAACCAGACAAAAACAAAGUAAAGAGGAGUAGAAAGGAAGUGAUUUCAACAUAAUAGUAAAAACCCUUUCUAUCUAUAUUAUAAAAUUCAUCUAAAGGAUUCAAUAUUUGCAAAUGACCAUGAUUUAAAAUAAUCUAUCAGCUAAAUUAUAUGAUUUUAUUCUUGCAAUAUGCAAAAGGAAAUAAAUAGCAUAAAUGACAUCACUUUCUGAUUUUCAAGAAAAUAUUAUUUUAAAAAGUUUACUUUCAAGGAUGGGUAAAAAUUCAGUGAACCUGAAAUUCAAAUUUGGUGCCCAUAACUCAAUUGCAUUUGAUAACAACAAAUUGUCUGAAAUGUUCCACUGAGUCUGAUUGUUUUUAUUAACUGAUACUUCACACCAUUUGUUUUUUUUUGCUUCACCCCAGGCAUUUAUCAUAGCCUUGACAUCAGAAUUCAUCCCUCGCUUGGUGUACACUGCCAGGUACAGUGAGGAUGGCACACUCAAAGGUUAUGUCAACUUCACCAUGGCUUCUUUUAACACCUCUGACUUUGCUGAAAUUGACAAGCCAAAAGAUACACAUUUGGGAGUUGUGGAAGUCUGCAGGUACGGGGAAAUAUAUUUAGUGGACUUAAAGGCAUUUGGUAUAGCUUUACAGAAGCUGAUAAAAUUAUACACCCGAAUGUGACUUGAAAAUAUACUUGACUCUUGUGUCCAGAACUAAUUUAACAUUGGUAGUGGAUUCAUAGUCCAGGUGGCAAGAAUGAUUGAAACUAAUAAUGCUAACUUUUUGAGCCAUUGUUUAUUCUUCGCUUUUUUUUUUAAAGUCAACUCUACUGUUUAUUAGUAUUAGAUUUUUAUGCUGACAGAAAGCCAUCCACCUCCAUAUUUAUGCAUGUCCAUUUAAAUAUAUUUUAAAUAUCUUUAUAUGUUAUAAAUAUUCUUUAAAUACUUAAUACUGACUGGAAAGUAAAUGAAAAUUUCAAGUAAUCUAAUUCAUUUCUUAGGUACAAGGAUUUCCGUGACUCAUACUCCCCAGAUCCUGACCUGGCUUAUCGCAGAUCAAUCAUUUUCUGGCAUAUCCUUGCGGCCAGAUUGGCAUUUGUUGUUGUAUUUGAGGUAAGAAGACAUUUUCUCUAUUUAAAUACUGUGAAAGAAACCCACCAGACUAUCUUGCUGAUGCACUUCUUACCACUUCCCCAUAACUGUCAUAUCCAUUUCCAUGCAUAAAACCUUCCAAAGUCUUCUUUCUUAACACUUUUUUUCCCCUGAUGCCUUUCUGAAGCGUUAUGUAUUUCCUGUCAAGUAGAUAGGUAGAAUUAAUAUUGGUUGUUGUUAAAAACCAGUAAGUUUUGUUGAUAUUUUCCUUAACCCAUGUUCAGCCCAAAGACUCAAUAUUUAGAAAUUAUAGUUACAGCAGUGGCUUCUGUUUGUUGCUGCAUGAUAUAUUUCGAAAACAGAUCCUGGGAACCAAUUUUAUUUCACACUAAUCAUGUCCAUGAAAUUUUUAUUUCAUAAAUCUACUUGAUUUAUCUUGUCUGUGAAGUGACAGAGUGUAUUUUCAUCUCCCAGAAUGUUGUGGUUGUCCUCACAAGCCUGAUGUCCUGGCUCAUCCCAGAUGUACCAACUGUUCUGAAAGAGCAAAUCCACAGGGAGGCUUACAUCACCAAUGAGAUUGUCCUAAAGACAGAGCUGAAACGGGCCCACGGAGAGGAGAUCAGCAGUGUGGACCUGUCAUCCCAUGGUGGUGAUGAUGACGACAACCGCUACUCGCCACAUCACAGUGACGAUGUUGCUAUCAUUCAACGACACACAAAGCGUAAAAACCCUGAGCCUAGAACUUAUGUCUAAGUUAAACAUAUUCCAACCUGUGUCAGGGUAAG